GAAGUUAUAUUAAAUUCUAAUAGAUUAAUAACUCUACCUGAUAUUCUACAUCUUCUACCAGAAUUAGAGACUCUAGAUGUACGUGAGAACCCUGAUUUAGUCAUGCCACCGAAACCUGCCGAACUUCGUAAAGAUUUAUCUUUUUAUAAUAUAGAUUUCUCGUUAAAUAAUCAACUACAACUAGCUGGAGCUGCUCCUCUUGAAUCUACAGGACAAACACCACCUAGUAAAGGAGAUCCUGUAGCUCGUAAAUUAAGAUUGAGAAGACGUAGAGACGGACAGGAGAGUGAAAAAGUUUUAAAGGGUAUGAGAGACGUGGCUAAAACCAAACUAGACACACCCAGUAAAGAUGAUGAGGAGAAAGCUCAACUCAAACCGAAGAAAUGGAAUGAGAAUUUAGAGAGACCACAUUUAAAUUAUAGUGAGAUAUUUGACGAGGAUGUAGGCCAGAUUCCAGAUUUAACGUGUUGGGAAAUUGAAAACUUUGUACCUAUACAAGUAGAGGAAGCUUUGAUUGGUAAAUUCUAUGAAGCUGAUUGUUAUAUUAUAUUAAAAACAUUUAUUGAUGAUUCUCAGAGUUUAAAUUGGAAUAUUUGGUACUGGAUUGGUGAGAAAGCUUCUCUAGAUAAGAAGGCAUGUUCGGCUAUUCAUGCUGUAAAUCUACGGAAUUUACUCGGAGCAGAAUGUCGGACAAUAAGAGAAGAAAUGAAUGAUGAAGAUGAUGAAUUUUUAGAUAUGUUUCCUAAUGGAGUAUCAUAUAUUGAGGGAGGAAGAACAGCUAGUGGUUUUUACUCUGUAGAAGAUGUGGAAUAUGAACAUAGACUGUAUCGAGCAACUGGUACCAAGUUUGUUCAUCUUGAAAGAGUUCCUGUUAAUGUUAAAAGUUUAGAUAUUAGACAUGUCUAUCUUAUGGAUGGUGGAGAAAAAAUAUUUAUUUGGUCUGGAAAAUUAGCUAAAGGUGUUACUCGGACUAAAACAAGAUUAAUAGCAGAAAAAAUCAACAAAAAUGAAAGAAAAAAUAAAGCAGAGAUCAUCAGCCUGGCACAGAAUCAGGAGACUCCAGAAUUCUGGAGAUUUAUUGACGGUCCUCCGGAGAAUCUUGAUAUUAAAAUCAGUGAGAUGACUAACGUACCCGUAGCAGACGCUAGAUUAUAUAAAGUUGGUUUAGGAAAAGGAUAUCUGGAUUUACCACAAGUAGCAUACAAGUUGCGUUUAAAACUUAUUGAGAUUCCUAACAAUCGACUGGUUCAAUCUUUACUAGAUUCUAAAUGUGUUUAUAUCUUAGAUUGUAUAACUGAUAUAUUUAUAUGGAUUGGUAAGAAAUCUACCAGAUUAAUUCGAGCCGCAGCGUUAAAACUUUCACAAGAAUUACACUCCAUGAUUCACAGACCUGAAUUCUCAACUUUAUCACGCUGUCUAGAGGGAACUGAAUCUCAGAUAUUUAAAACAAAGUUUAUAGGGUGGGAUGAUGUAUUACCUGUAGAUUAUACUAGAACAGCAGAAUCUGUUAUCAGACGUGGUGCCGAUCUUAAGGUAGGACAACUAGACAAGAUGAAGACUGAUCUAUCAGCUUUGUUUAUGCCCAGACAACCAAUGAUGCCAAAAGAAGAAGCAGAUCAACUGACGCUAGACUGGAAUGAAGAUUUAGACGGAAUGGAAUCUUUUGUGUUGGAGGGGAAGAAGUUUGUCCGAUUACCAGAAGAAGAACUUGGAAUGUUUUGUAGUGAAGAUUGUUAUGUAUUUCUAUGCCGAUAUUGGGUUCCCGUGGAAAUACCUGAAGAUGAAGAGGAAGAUCCUGAUGAAGAACCACCAGAAGAUGAAUAUCGUUGUAUCGUUUAUUUCUGGCAGGGACGUAACGCUAGUAAUAUGGGUUGGCUUACUUUCACUUUCAGUUUACAGAAGAAGUUUGAGUCGUUAUUUAAAGAUAAACUAGAAGUUGUUCGACAAUUUCAACAGCAAGAAAACCUCAAAUUCUUAUCACAUUUUAAACAUAAAUUUAUUAUUCGAGAGGGAAGUCGUAAAGUCAAGAUGGACCCCACAAUAAAACCAUUGACUGAGUUUUACCACCUACGGGCUAACGGUAGUCCUAUAGCUACUAGAUGUGUUCAGUUGAUAAAGGCAGAUUCUUCUUUACUCAAUUCUUGUAAUUGUUUUAUAUUGAUGGUACCGUUUGAUAGUGAGGAUUUGAAGGGUAUUGUGUAUGUUUGGGUUGGAAGUAAAGCAGAUCAUGAUGAUGCUAAGAUUUCAGAAGAUAUCGCCUACAUGAUGUAUAAGGAUAAUUAUACUAUUCAGAUGAUAAACGAAGGUGAAGAACCUGAGAAUUUUUUCUGGGUAGGAAUCGGAGGUCGUAAACCUUAUGAUAAAGAUGAUGAUUUUAUGAAUUAUAUCAGAUUAUUCCGAUGUUCCAAUGAAAAAGGAUAUUUUACUGUUUCUGAAAAAUGUGCUGAUUUUUGUCAGGAUGACCUGGCUGAUGAUGAUGUCAUGAUUUUAGAUAACGGACAAAAUGUCUUCCUGUGGAUAGGAAAGAAAACAAGUGACGUAGAAAUUAAACUUGCUUUUAAAAGUGCACAGGUUUACAUUCAACACAUGAGAAACAAACAACCAGACAGACCGAGGAAACUUUUACUAGCCAUGAAAUAUAAAGAAAACAGAAGAUUUACAAAAUGUUUCCAUGGUUGGGGAAAAUAUAAAGAAGUUCCAACAUGA